AUGACUUUCAUGAAAAGCCUCGCCGUUCCCCUCGUUGCUUUCGCUUCUUCUUCGCUGGCGAGGCCGACGACCCGCGUGCAGAACGCCGUCGACACUUAUUCGCAGAUCUUCACGUCCAUCGGCAGCGUGCCGGACAUUCUUCCGUACUUCUACGGCACCCCUCUUCGCACGACGUACCCGACGCUCGAUGCUCCCCUGCAGCCCGGCCAGGCCAUGUCUGUCGCCGAGGCCACCGCGCGCCCGACGUUCUGGGCGGCCCCGGACCAGAACCUGAACCCCGACAUCCCAUACGUCGUGAUCAUGCUGGACCCCGACGCGCCAGGCAUCCAGGACCGCCACCUCUCGCUCGCGCGCCACCUGAUCCAGCAGGACAUGUACAUCCUGCCCAACGGCCAGUUCGUGAACGCCACGCCCGCUCUCUCCGAGCAGGUCUUCCCGACGCCGAUCGACGCGCCUCACCGCUACUCCAUCUUCCUCUUCGAGCAGCCCGACGGCUUCACCUCCACCGCCUCCUCCAUCCUCAAGCCGCUCCCCGAGGGCGUCACGAACUUCGACAUCCUCGACUUCAUGGCGCAGACCGGGCUCCAGCAGCCCGUCGCCGGCACGUUCUUCCUCUGCGGCGGCGACGACGUGGUGAACCAUACCUCCGCGAGCUACGGCCAGGCGUUCGCGGACGCCGGGCUCGUGCCGAAGCCGCUCGGCGUGUUUGCGCCCGAGGCGGUGUUGGACGUUACGUACCCGUCCGCUGUGAGCAACGGCUCGUUCCUCGUGUUCCCGGGGUUGAACGUUACUGAGGACCAGGUCGUCUCGCAGCCCGACCUCUACCUCACCUUCGAAUCCACCGGCCUCUCCCAAGACGCCGCGGGCCUCUUCACCUCCACCUUCGUCCUCUUCGCCCUCGACCCCGACGCGCCCACGCCCCAAAACACAUCCCUGGCCAACUUCGUGCACUGGGUCCAGCCGAACCUGAAAAUCUCCGGCCCGAUGAGCACCUUCGCGCCGCUCGUGAACAGCACGCCCGCGCUGUUCGAGUACCUGAGCCCCGCGCCGCCCGCGACGAGCGACGCGCACCGGUACGCGUUCGUGCUGUUUGAGCAGCCGGAGGGGUUCGAGGAGGCUGCGGUGCAGAAUAUUCCGGCGGAUCGGACGAGCUUUGAUUUGGAUGCGUUUGCGAAGGCCGUGGGGCUGGACGCGCCGGUUGCGGGGACGUUCUUCAGGACGGGCGCGAAUGUUACGUUCCCGAGCCCGAUGCCUGCGUGA